AUGAAACUUCUGUUAGCGGUGUUCACCUUAGCCACGGCGCUACUCAGCAUACAAUGUCGCCCGCAAGCCAUACAGACCCCCGAGCACCGAACGGCGACGGACGUGCUGAAGCUUCCGUUCUACGGUGGAGCCCGAGGCCAGAUACUGGAGAUCCGCAAGAACAGCGACGGGACGGUGGUGAGCAAGAUACUGCGUGGGGAUGACGAUGACAUGGAACUGAAGGUGCAGCAGGCGUCGGACGAGGCGUCAGCGACCAAGCAGCAGCAGCAGCAGCAAGCCGUGGAGGAGGAACCGUUGGCGGCGAGCGACGAGGACGUCAAGCCAUCCGAGCAGUCGUUCGGUGACUAUCUGCUGAAGAUCCAGCAUGCGGCCGCCUCGCUCGUGUCGCUGCAGGAAACGGUCAAGAAGACGGGCCGCCUGUCGCCCGACCAGAAGCGGGUGUACGCCGAAAACCUGGAGAAGCUCGGGGUGGCCGCACAAAAACUUGCCCACAUCCAGCAGGCCGACGACGAGCAGGACGCGGCGAUACGGUUCCUGUUCGACGCCAACUACGAGACGGCGUCGUCCGGUGGGUCAGGCGAGGGCCAGAAAAAGAAGGCGUCCGGCGGCUCCAAGGUGACCUCGUUCCCCGGCUACAAGGGCAAGGAGGACAAGAAGAAGAAGGAGGAGGAGGAGAACGUGGGCGAGGAAGGCUCGGGCGGUGGCGACAGUGUGCAGGUGGAGACGCAGGAGAAGGAGUCGUCCAUCGCGGAAGCCAAACCCGUCGGUCUAGCCAUUGCCGGUGAAGGAGGUGUCGCUUCGUCGAAACCGGUGGCCACGGCCGUGGUAGGCGACGGGGGCCUGGCCGUCGCCCGUCCGGUCGCUACCGCCAUUGCCGGCAUCAAACCGAGUGAGCUGAGCUCGUUGGGACUUCCGCUUUCGUUCAGCAAGAAAACGUUGACCCACGGCAAGUACGGAUUGCUGGGAAGCGUGAGCGAUGAGGGUGCCGGCGGCGGUGGGCUGCUGGUUGGCCCGGGUUACGAGGCACGGGUUGCGCCGAAGGAGAUCGAGGCGGAGCUCGAAGACAACCGGCAGCAGGCGAUGGCCAACUUCGACACGGAGAAGUUUCUGGCCAACUUGCGUCUGAAGACGGCACAGUCCCCGGGCGCCGUCAUGGCCGGCAUUCCGCAGACCAUAUCGUACCAGCAGCAGGUCCAACAGCAGCAGCAGCAAGCGCAGACCCUUCCGUACAUGGCCAACUAUGCGCCGGUCUACUCGCCACCGACGAUCAUCCCGUACUACAGCUGGACUCCGUCGUAUUAUCCGGCGUACCAGGCAUACCAGUCGGCGCUCGGUGCUCAGCUGGCCUACCAGCAACUGGAGGCGCUUCAGUCGCCCUCCAUCAACCCGUAUUACUACGCCGCGUACCAGCAAGCGGCGGGUGCGGCCACCCAACCGAAUCCCUUUCAGGCUUACGAGUAUCCCCAGCGUACCGCCAUCUACGCCCCUACGCCCGUCCUUAGCCCGGCGGCCAGUGCCUAUUCGGGGUAUAACAAUUAUCCAUCCUUCAGCAACCCGUCGCCAUACCGAUUUUUCUACUAUUAA